AAAUAAAGAAAUGGAGCAUUCCGGUGUACGAGAUCCAGUUAAGCCCACAAUAUGAUGAUCUCCUCUCAAACCCACGGCCCGCUUAUUCACGUGACUCCAAAACCCACGUGCUUCCCCAUCUAAUUCCAGACGCACAACACAGCUUUCACUCACUCCACAUCUUACUAUAAAGUUAUAAACACACCACCACACUCAUUAAAACCCUCAUCGAUUUCACACACACUCACACACACACAGUGAUCAAUUAUGGAAUCAAAUUUAAUGAAUCUCUACUACAACACGAAAUGGCUUAACAUCAGCGUCCUCUUCUUCGCCACUCUCGUCGUCGCCAAGCUCAUCCUCUCCGCCGGCUGGCGGUACAAUCGCCGCCGCUCGCCGCCGGUGGUGAAAGCUCCGAUUCCGAUCGUCGGAGGACUCCUCCGGUUCCUGAAAGGGCCGAUCGUGUUGCUGCGUGAAGAGUAUCCGAAGCUGGGCAGUGUGUUCACGCUUAAUUUGGUGAAUAAGAAGAUCACGUUCCUAAUCGGUCCUGAGGUCUCGGCGCAUUUCUUCAAGGCCGUGGAAACAGAUCUGAGUCAGCAGGAGGUGUAUCGCUUCAAUGUGCCUACGUUUGGACCCGGCGUUGUUUUCGAUGUGGAUUAUUCCGUGAGGCAGGAGCAGUUUAGGUUCUUUACGGAUUCGCUUAGGGUUAGUAAGUUGAAGAGUUAUGUUGAUCAGAUGGUCGUGGAAGCUCAGGACUAUUUCUCAAAAUGGGGUGACAAUGGUGAGGUUGACUUAAAACAUGAACUAGAACAGCUUAUUAUUUUAACAGCCAGUAGAUGCCUACUGGGUGUAGAGGUCCGCAACCAGCUCUUCGAUGAUGUUUCAGCUUUAUUUCAUGAUCUUGAUAGUGGUAUGCUUCCAAUCAGUGUUGUCUUCCCGUAUCUCCCUAUCCCAGCCCAUCGUCGUCGGGACCAAGCUCGCAAGAAGCUUGCUGAAAUUUUCGGAAGAAUCAUAAAUUCACGCAAACAAGCAGGGAAAUCUGAGAAUGACAUGUUACAAUCUUUCAUGGAUUCCAAGUACAAAAAUGGUCGCCCCACAACUGAUAGUGAGGUCACUGGCCUGCUCAUUGCUGCCCUAUUUGCAGGACAGCACACAAGUUCCAUCACCUCUACUUGGACUGGAGCAUAUCUUCUUGCCAAUAAGAAGUACUUGUCUGCUGUGUCAGAUGAGCAGAAGGUCAUUAUGAGGAAACAUGGGGAUGAUGUUGAUCAUGAUAUUUUAUCCGAGAUGGAAGGGUUGCAUCGAUGCAUAAAGGAAGCCUUGAGACUCCAUCCUCCUUUGAUAAUGCUCUUGCGCAGCUCACAUUCUGAUUUCAGUGUGACAACCAGAGAGGGGAAAGAGUAUGACAUACCUAAGGGUCACAUUGUUGCGACAUCACCUGCUUUUGCCAAUCGGCUCCCCCACAUAUACAAGGAUCCAGAUACCUUUGAUCCUGACAGGUUUAGUGCUGGAAGAGACGAAGAUAAGGCAGCAGGGCCAUUUUCAUAUAUAUCUUUUGGAGGUGGAAGGCAUGGUUGUUUGGGAGAACCAUUUGCAUAUUUGCAAAUUAAGGCAAUUUGGAGUCACUUGUUGAGAAACUUUGAGUUGGAAUUGAUCUCACCUUUCCCAGAGAUUGAUUGGAAUGCUAUGGUUGUGGGUGUAAAAGGGAAAGUCAUGGUGAGGUACAAGCGCAAACAACUCUCACUUGAAUGAAUUAAUUGACAUUUGGUGGCAUCUCAAAUAGUUGGUAUGCAGAUAGUUUUUACAGUUUUAUGUCUCCAUGUAAGCGUUUGCAGCUCUUUUCUAUGUUUUUCUUAUUUGUCAUUAUUUACCAUUUUCUCUGUAAUGAGCAUGGAGUAUGCCCCUUGGAUAUGGUCCAUGGGAUUUUCAUAUUAUUUGGGCUUUGUGGUGAAAUUUCUAGAUGCUUGCUUUUA